AUGGUUGUGGAAGUCUUGGAAGAUGCUGGCUUUGUUGUUACCACGGUGCUGGCCGACGAAGACCUUGAUUGGCUGACGCUUGAAGAGGUGCGCGCGGAAGAUGGCCUCGUGCUUGAAGUCUUUGACACCGAGGCGGUAUUGGUAGACUGUGAACGUGUACCUGUGGAGGAGAUCUUAGAAGAGGUCUUGGUUGAAGAAACUGUUGGUGCCGAGCUUGUUGUACGGGAAGCAGUUGCGGACGAAGUGGCUUUGGAAACAGAGAUUGUCGUACUCGAAACUGGAGCAGUUGAGGCCGAUGUGCUCCGGCUUGAGACUGAGGACAAAGUCUUUGAAGAUGCCGAGACGGAGCCGGAUUUGCUCUGA